ACCACUGCAGCCUCCUAAACCCCAUCAGUGAAGUUCACCAUGUCCGGUCCCCCCUCAUCACCCCCUGCAGGGCAGAAACCAUCUCUGAAGACCCCCGGCUCGAGCUCCAGCAGGUUUCAGGUGGACAGGGUGGCAGAAGCGGCUGCAGCAGCGAGUGGAGGGCAGAAAACUCCUCCAGCUGUGAGGUCGGGUAAAACAGCGGAGUGGUGCGCAGCUCCGGGUGCAGACGAAUCCAAGGCUCGAUUACGUGCUGUGAACUUUUUGGAUCCUUUCGGCGCUCCUGCAGAGGGGGGUUCGGAUGUUCCGUAUGAAGGGGACUCGCGAAGUGAGGCCAGUCUGCACUCCUCUACAGGGGGUCUUAGCCAUUUUUCGGACACCCACUCCAGUACAUAUUACCUACGAACCUUUGGGCACAACACCAUCGACGCUGUGCCUAACAUCGAUUUCUACCGGCAAACCGAGGCACCUCUGGGGGAAAAACUCAUCCGCCCGACACUGUCCGAACUGCACGAUGAACUCGAUAAAGAACCCUUUGAGGAUGGCUUGGCAAAUGGGGAGGAGCCAGCAUCUGCAGAAGAAACUGCACUGAAGGAUGUGCCCGAGCCCAAAGGGGGCACGGUGAAGUUUGGCUGGAUAAAGGGUGUUCUGGUUCGAUGUAUGUUAAACAUCUGGGGAGUGAUGCUCUUUAUUCGGAUGUCAUGGAUAGUUGGCCAAGCAGGAAUAGCUCUCUCGUGUGGUAUUAUUCUAGUGGCUGUUGCUGUGACCACUAUCACUGGUCUCUCAACAUCAGCAAUAGCCACCAAUGGUUUUGUACGAGGAGGUGGAGCAUAUUACCUGAUAUCUAGGAGUUUGGGUCCAGAGUUUGGUGGAUCCAUUGGCCUUAUAUUUGCCUUUGCUAAUGCAGUUGCUGUUGCCAUGUAUGUGGUGGGUUUUGCUGAGACUGUGGUUGAGCUUCUUGAUAGUGUAGAUGCUCACUUCACAGAUGAGAUCAAUGACAUCCGUAUAGUUGGCACUCUUACCAUCAUCUUGCUUCUUGGCAUCUCUAUGGCAGGAAUGGAAUGGGAAGCUAAGGCCCAGAUUAUCUUACUGAUCAUUCUGGUGGCAGCGAUCUUCAACUACUUCAUCGGCUCAUUCAUCUCCAUGAAAUCAAAGGAGCCCGAGGGUUUCUUUGGUUAUAAUGCUGCCAUCAUGAUGGAGAACAUGGGCCCAGACUUCAGAGACGGUGAAACGUUCUUUUCAGUUUUUGCCAUCUUCUUUCCUGCUGCUACUGGAAUUUUAGCAGGAGCUAACAUAUCAGGGGAUUUAUCAGAUCCACAAUUCGCCAUUCCAAAAGGAACCCUACUGGCUAUUCUCAUCACUGGCAUUGUUUAUGUGGCAACUGCUAUAUCUAAUGGUUCUUGCAUUGUACGUGAUGCAACAGGUGAUGAUAAUGACACCAUCAUAGGCUCUCUGGAGAACUGCACAGAUGCUGCUUGUACACUAGGAUAUGACUUUUCCAUUUGUAAGGAGGGAGGCUGCAAAUAUGGGCUACAGAAUGAUUUCCAGGUCAUGAGCCUUGUGUCUAUAUUUGGACCCCUUAUAACUGCUGGAAUUUUCUCUGCGACUCUCUCGUCAGCUCUUGCUUCUUUAGUCAGCGCUCCCAAAGUGUUUCAGGCCUUAUGUAAGGAUAACAUAUACCCUGGCUUAAGAGUUUUCGCCAAGGGCUAUGGGAAGAAUAAUGAACCUCUGCGCGGCUAUGUCCUGACCUUCAUCAUUGGUCUAGCUUUUAUUCUAAUAGCUGAGCUAAACAUUAUCGCUCCCAUCAUUUCCAACUUCUUCUUGGCUUCUUAUGCCCUGAUCAAUUUCUCUGUCUUUCAUGCAUCAUUGGCUAACUCUCCAGGAUGGCGUCCGAGUUUUAAAUACUACAAUAAGUGGGUGUCUUUGGCGGGAGCUGUGCUGUGCUGUGUGGUUAUGUUUGUAAUCAACUGGUGGGCUGCCCUCUUUACCAACGUCAUCGUUCUGGCACUCUACAUAUAUGUCAGCUACAAGAAACCAGAUGUUAACUGGGGCUCGUCCACUCAAGCUCUGAUGUACAACCAGGCAUUGUCACACAGUCUGCACCUCACUGGAGUAGAGGACCAUAUCAAGAACUUCAGACCUCAGUGCCUUGUAAUGAUUGGCUAUCCCAAUGCAAGACCAGCACUACUUCAUUUAGUACAUGCCUUCACCAAAAACAUGGGUCUAAUGAUUUGUGGCCAUGUUCGUAUGGCUUCUCGAAGGCCAAACUAUAAGGAGAUGAUGAAUGACCAAGUCCGUUGCCAGCGUUGGCUUCUUAAGAAACAAAUGAAGGCUUUUUAUACUCCUGUGUUUGCUGAGGAUUUUAGACAAGGAACCCAAUACCUUUUACAGGCUGCUGGGUUGGGUCGCUUAAAACCAAAUACACUGGUACUGGGCUUUAAAAACAACUGGCAGAAAAAUGACAUGAAAGAUGUGGAAACAUACAUCAAUACCAUCCAUGAUGCAUUUGACUUACAGUAUGGUGUAGUUAUCAUAAGACUGAAGGAGGGUCUAGAUAUCUCCCAUAUCCAAGGGCAAGAUGAAUUUCUGUCAUCCACUGAGAAGGCCCCAGUAAUGAAGGAACUACUGGUGUCUAUAAACAUUGGAAAAGAUUCUGACAGCGAUUCUUCAAAACCAUCAUCCAAGGUUACCAGUGCUCAGAGCAGUCCACUCAUUAUCAGAGACUCAAAAAGUCCACCAGUGAAGCUCAGUACUGAAGAUGAGAAGUUACUAGCAGCCAGUCAGCAGUUCAAAAAGAAGCAGUGCAAGGGUACUAUCGAUGUUUAUUGGCUGUUUGAUGAUGGAGGGUUGACACUUCUGAUACCAUAUUUGCUAACCAACAAGAAAAAAUGGAAGGACUGCAAGAUUCGAGUCUUUAUUGGUGGAAAGAUCAACAGGAUUGAUCAUGACCGCAGAGCAAUGGCGGCAUUACUGAGCAAGUUCAGGAUUGACUUCUCUGACAUCACUGUUCUGGGAGACAUCAACAUAAAACCAGAAAAAUCAAAUAAGGAAAAGUUUAAGAACAUGACUGAGCCGUACAGACUGAAGGAGGAGGACAUGGAGCAGGAGGCUGCUGAGAGGCUGAAAGCUGAGGAGCCCUGGAGGAUUACUGAUAAUGAACUAGAAUUGUACAGGGCCAAGACAAAUCGUCAAAUUAGACUGAACGAACUGUUGAAGGAGCACUCGAGUACAGCAAACCUCAUUGUCAUGAGUAUGCCACUUGCAAGGAAAGGAACCGUGUCAAGUGCUCUCUACAUGUGCUGGCUGGAAACAUUAUCUAAAGAUCUUCCACCCAUACUGCUUGUGAGAGGAAACCAUCAGAGUGUCCUUACCUUCUAUUCAUAAAGUGCAUGUACGGCAUUUGAAAAGUACAAAGACUGUACACUGUUACAAUCAGUGCGUCAGGGUCAGGUGUAAAUUGAUUGCAUAGUCAGUGUUGUGUUAAAAAAAAAAUCUGUUUAAAUGUGAAGUCAGUUUAACAAAUUUCUGUCUAACUUUGGUGGCAUUCCAAAAAAAAUCUGUUAUAAUUUUUUUUAUUAUUAUUAUUAUUUUUGUUGGUAUUUUUUGUUAUUUGUCAGUAGACCGUCUGAAAAUACAUUUAGCAUCUGGACAGACAAAAAUUAACAGUUAAAACUGAAUAUUUAUUUAUUUAUUUACUGAUGUAAUUUGAAGCAAGGUAUUAUUCAGGAUGUUUAACCUCCUGUUGUGCUCCAGUCAAAUUUGACUAAUUUUCUAUUCUGUGAUUGGAAUCAGCCAUAAUGAAUCCAAUUAAUAACUGUUUUCUUGACUUGUGGGUAUGUGCAUAUUUUUCUCUGUGGUUAGUAUUCCACAAGAACUACAAAAAUGUUGCCAUUAAGAUGUAAUUUUACAAGAAGUUAUAAUAAAUAUGUGUUAUAUGUUAUGUACAGUUUUUGGAGCUCUUCACAUUUUUAACAUGUAGCCUGCAGGAAUGUAAGCUGUAUCUGGUUACAUACUACCUGCUCUUGUUAGGAGUAAUCUGUAAUUGUAUCUGUCAAAUAGAAAGCUAAUUCAUCAUCAGUGGCAUGCUAACGUUGCAAAAACAAAAUGUACAUGGUAGAAAACACACAAAAAAAACUACUGAAAAACAUUGUUUAUUAAAAUGUAUUCGUAACAAUGAAUUGAUUAAAUAAUUGAUUUAUUUUAACAAUAGAA